AUGACAUAUGAACUUAUGGCUCUGAAGGUCAUUGGAAAUGUUCACUGCAGGACAAAGUUCCUGGCAAGGGUAGCCAAGUUCCUGUAUACAGAGAGUAUGAGGACCCUGGAAACAUCUCUGAUACGGUGCCACUAUGGCUAUGCUUCUAUCUCAUGGUUCAGUGGCGUAUCACAAAAUCUGAAGGACAAACUUCAAACGACCCAAAACAAACUAAUGAGAAUUAUACUGAAGCUCAGCCAUUGGGACGCACAUUGGUCCUAAUCAUUUCAGGGAACUUAGCUGGCUUCCAGUUGAUCUGGUGGUGCUGCAGAUCAAAAUGUUGAUGGUUUUUAAAGUGAGACAUGACCUUGCCCCCAGUUACCUGUCUGGUUAUUUUAAUUUCAGUAGACUCUCAUAG